AUGGCGAGACCAAUCUUACAGCAACGCUCUCUCGCCUCCACUGCAACGGCAUUUCUCUAUCUCCGAUCAAUCUCCACAGCCGCCGUUGUUGCGGCCCCAAACCCUACUUCCACCGUACCUUUUCCGUCACCACCAUCACCACCGCAAAGCUUCAACCUCAGAACGAGAAUUCCACUAGAGAAGCAAUUCGAGACAUGGCUCGAAAAGCUCAAACCCGGAUUCACCCCAUACGACGUGGACGAAGCCUUGCGUGCCCAAUCCGACGCAGACCUAGCUUUCGAUAUCUUCCGGUGGACCGGACAACAACGUGGCUACAAGCACACUAGCACCACCUACCUCACUAUGGUUCAAAUCGCGGUCUCCGCUAGGCGUUACUAUCACGCCGAAACCCUAGUUGAAGAAAUUGUCGCAGGCGCGUGCUCUGGAAGCGUUCCUCUCUAUAAUUCCGUUAUCAAAUUCUGCUGUGGUCGUAAGUUUUUAUUCAAUCGCGCGUUUGAUGUUUACAAAAAAAUGUUGAAUCACGAAGACACAAAACCGAAUCUCGAAACGUAUAAACUUUUGUUGGAUUCUCUUCUCAGACGAUUCAAUAACGUGAAUGUGUGUCAUGUGUAUUUGCGUGGAGUGAAAUCGUUAUCGAAACAAAUGAAAGCUUCAGGGGUGAUUCCUGAUACGUUUGCAAUGAAUAUGAUCAUCAAAGCACACGCCAAAUGUCACGAACUUGAACAAGCAAUUAGGGUUUUUCGUGAGAUGACAUUGUAUGGAAAUCAACCGAAUCUGUAUACAUAUUGUUAUUUGAUUCAUGGAUUAUGCGAAAAGGGGAGAGUGGAUGAGGGUUUAGGGUUUUAUAAAGAGAUGAGAGAAAAGGGGUUGUUGCCAAAAGGGAGCACUUUUAUGAUUCUGAUCUGUAGCCUUGCAAUGGAACAAAGGUUCAAAGAUUCAAUUCGUGUCAUCAAUGAUAUGCUGGAUAAUUCAAUGGCACCUGAUUUGUUGACUUAUAAGACUCUUCUUGAAGGGUUGUGUAGGGAAGGUAGGGUUGAUGAUGCUUUUGAUAUUCUUGAAGAAUUAAGGAAGAAAGAUAGUUUUAUGAAUGAAAAGACAUACAAGCAUUUGCUUGAUGGGUUGCAUUAUGUGAGUUGAAAGUAGGCAUCGAUAAUUCCAUUUUGCUUAAUGAAACCUGAUGUACAGUGACAAAAUCUUGAGAAAUGGUCUUUCUAUCCUGCUGAUUGGAGUUGAAUCUUUGGAUCAAAUGACAUCAAAAAAUGUGGGGAAAUGGCUGAAUUGCUUGAUGGGUGGAAGACAGGUUUCUCCUAUGGCAUAUGCUUGUUGAUGAUGAGUCGACUGUGAAGUUAAUACAUGAGGUCCUGAAGAUGCUUGUCAGUUCCUUUACUCGAGCUGUUUAAAUUAGAUAUUGAUGUAUACAAAUAUGUGAGUAUCGACUCUUAUAGAAGCGCAACUGAUGACACUGUAGAAGCAAAACUGAUGACGCUGAAUCCAAUGUGGCAAAACUUCAGAUUGCAUCCAAUGUCGCCAAGAUGUAGCCAUGGAAGAACAUUUAGUUGUCAUAUUAUAGUUUGUUUGUUAUUUCAUUUUUAAUUUAAGUUGAAAUUGUAUAGCUUUAUGUUCUUAUGCAACUUAUAAAAAAUGUUUUUUUGGCAAU